AUUUGACUAUGUUUUUAAGCCCAGCUUUUGACUAAUCAAAUAUAGCUGUCUGCUCAGGUAUAUUCAUGGCCUGAGAAAUAAACUUAUUAUUUAAAAUUAAAUAAGAAUUCUCGUAAUGAUUUUAUCUCUCAAAAUUGCGGUGAUAGGAGCCGGGGUUGCCGGUUUAAUAGCCGCUCGGGAGCUUAAAAGAUCCGGCCACCAAGUCACCAUUUUCGAAAAAUCGGGUCAAAUAGGUGGAACAUGGGCAUACAAUCCCCAAACCGAGUCCGACCCGUUAAGUCUCGACCCGAAUAGAGAAAUCAUCCACAGUAGCCUCUACUCUUCGCUCCGAACUAACCACCCUCGACAUCUUAUGAGUUUUUCGGACUACCCAUUUGCCAAAUUCUACGGAGACCCGAGGAAUUUUCCGGGUCAUGAGGAGGUGUUGAAGUUUCUAAACGAGUUUUGGGUUGAGUUUGGACUCACUGAGUUGACUCGGUUGGGUACUGAAGUUGUCCGAGUUGAAGCGGUGGAUGACUCGGGGUAUUGUGAGUGGAUUGUUGAGUCGAGAAAAGGCGAGUUGAGUGAGGUGGAAGUGUUUGAUGGGGUUGUGAUUUGUAAUGGUCAUCAUACUGUGCCGCGGGUGGCUGCGAUCAGAGGUAUAGGUCAAUGGCCGCGAAAACAAAUUCAUAGCCACAAUUACCGUGUCCCAGAACCUUUUCACAAUCAGAUAGUGGUCAUGAUUGGAGCUGGACCUAGUGCCUAUGAUAUAUCUAGAGACAUUGCAGAAGUUGCUAAAGAAGUUCAUCUUUCUUCGAGAAAUUCCACAUGUGGUGGAUUUUAUAAAUUGGUCAACCUUAGUAAUGUAAGGCAGCACGCUGAGAUCGAUUAUGUUGAUGAAAGUGGUAGAGUAGCGUUUGUGGAUGGAUCUUCUGUUUGUGCUGAUAUCAUAUUUCAUUGCACUGGGUACAAGUUCAGUUUUCCAUUUCUUAGAACUAAUGGGAUCGUAACUGUGGAUGAUAAUAGAGUUGGACCCUUGUACAAGCACGUCUUUUCUCCUGAGAUUGGCUCCAGGCUCUCUUUUGUUGGAAUCCCCUGCAACAUUACAUUAUUCCCCAUGAUGGAAUUACAAUCCAAGUGGAUAUCGUGUGUUUUAUCCAGCAAGGUGGUCCUACCGUCUAAAGAGGCAAUGCUCGCUGAUACCAACGAACACUACAGGUCGUUGGAGGAACGAGGGAUCCCAAAACAUAGUACUCACUCCCUUGCUACUACCGGGUUCCAAUACCUGGACUGUCUAGCAAGUCAAGUAAAAGUUCAACCAGUUGAAGAAAGGUUAAAGAAUAUAUACAAACAACUUGUUUCGGUGUUCUUCAGCUCCGAAGGAGACCAAUUCAGGGAAUGGGAUGUAGAUAGUUGGGUGAAUGGAAACCACUUGAAACUACUUGCAGCAAGUGAAAAACGUUCAGGCUCCAAAUUGCUUGCAGCAUUUGAGGAAAACGUCGGACAUGAUAAUAGCAAGGUUGUUGAAAGCAGCUAGUUUAAAUUAUAUGAUGCUAUGAUGUACUUUGUUCUCGAAUUUUUUAUAUCUGUUAUCCGUAAAGGUUAAAACACAUGUAAACGAUCUUUACUCAACACUCUGUAUUCCGACAUCACUUGUAGUCAGAUAUAAAUAUAGGAUAUAAUUGAUA